AUGCCUAUUGAAGAGGUCACCAUAUUUUGGCGAUACAAGGAUGACCGUAAUGUCUACAAUAUUGUCAGUGGAAAAGCAGACUUGACAGACGAAGACUGUCAGUUCAGAGACAGAACCAGGAUGUUCCCUGAGGAAUGGGCAAACGGCAACUUCUCUCUCCUACUGACUGAUCUCAAGGACAUCGAUAGUGGGAGUUAUUCAUGUUUCAUACCAACAAUGAACAUUCUUCGUCAAGUGGAAUUUUCUGUUCAAGGUUUGCGUUACAACCAAGUUUAACAUACAAUUAAUUGAGAAUGGUCAUGAUUCAGCCUUAGCUUAUCUAUACAGUAUUGGACUUUCCAUUAACAGUUUUAAGAAGUUGAUGAAACAGUAUGAUAACUCUAAGAAAAAUGCAUUGUUAUUUCUUGAACUGCGUUGUUGGUUAAGGGCUUGUAAGUAAACAUUUCACGGUAACAUCUACACCUGUUGUAUUCGGCGCAUGUGACAAAGAGAAUUUGGUUUGAUUUGAUUUGAAAUGUCCCUCUUUAUUUUACAGAGAAACCAACUCCUGAGCCUAAAGUUGAUCACAGGAGCAGCAGCAUGAGUAUCAGAGAGCUGAACCAGAGCCUCUUCCUGUUUCUCCUCCUCAGUCCAACUCUCCACUUCCUUUGACUUACAGCACAGAAAUUGGUCUUUGUGCCACUUAUGAGACUGUUGACAAGUUCUGAGUGUUCAAACUGCUGAAAUACUAAUUAUUUUUGGAAUGUAUGUAAUAAGAUGAGUUAUUAAUAUUGCACUACCAAAUCACAGAAGUUUUGUUGAGAACUUGAGAUUGAACAUUUGCUGCACAGUAAAAAUAUUAUUUCAGUCAGCCUUUCAAUUAGAAAGUAUUUGACUUUAACACCACAGUGUUAUGAAAGGGAACAUAUUCACUUCCUCAAUGCUCUUUAUUGAAGAGUGUUUCUUUUAGCUUUUUGCAAACUAUGGUUUGAUCAUGUGAUUCCACAGUGUGUUCAGACAGAUGUCUGUGUUAGGAGGAAGUCAGUUCAGACUCAGAUUAAUCACAGCUCUGAAGAUGUCGAGGAUUGUUGCCUGUCUGUUCUGUAAGACCAUUUAUUUUUCUUAUCUUAUUUAUUUUACAUUCAUUUUACAAUAAAUGAAGUGUCUUAUGGAUUCUUCUGUUCAUAGGUGUCUUAAAACUGUGUGUUGGAGCUGAGGCUUUGACAGAGACACUGGUAGAACUUGGACACAAUGCAACUCUGAACUGUUCUCUUAAUGGAACUAAUGUACACUGGUACAUACAGCACCAACUACAGCCUCCACUGGCCAUACUCCGCUCUUUCACUAGUAGUAGUCCUGCUGCUUUUUAUUACAAUCAUAAUUUUAGACAGAAAUAUUCAUUAGAAACAGGAAAUAGAUUGUUAAUACAGAAUGUAACAGUAGAUGAGAAUGGAGUGUACUACUGUGCAAAGAAAGAAAACGAUAGUCUCCUAUUCAGCAACGGCACCAGAUUCAUGACCACUGGUAAGUGUACAUUUCAUUCAAUGAUCAACAUAAUAUAUUUUGUCUAAAAUAUAUUUUUGCAGCGAGGUGCAAGACCACUAUUGAAAUGUUACAUCCACUUUGAGUAACAUAUACAGUGGCUUGCGAAAGUAUUCACCCCCUUGGCAUUUUUCCUAUUUUGUUGCCUUACAACCUGGAAUGAAAGUGGAUUUGGGGGGGGUUGUAUAAUUUCAUUUACACAACAUUCCUACAACGUUGAAGAUGCAAAUAUUUUUUUAUUGUGAAACAAACAAGAUGUAAGACAUAAAAACAGAACUUGAGCGUGCUAAAUGACAAAAAUGUAAAUGUGCAUAACUAUUCGUUGUAGAGCCACCUUUUGCAUCAAUUACAGCUGCAAGUCUUUUGGGGUAUGUCUCUAUAAGCUUGGCAUAUCUAGCCACUGGGAUUUUUGCCCAUUCGCCAAGGCAAAACUGCUCCAGCUCCUUCAAGUUGGAUGGGUUCCGCUGGUGUACAGCAAUCUUUAAUUCAUACCACAGAUUCUCAAUUGGAUUGAGGUCUGGGCUUUGACUAGGCCAUUCCAAGACAUAUAAAUGUUUCCCCUUAAACCACUCGAGUGUUGCUUUAGCAGUAUGCUUAGGGUCAUUGUCCUGCUGGAAGGUGAACCUCCGUCCCAGUCUCAAAUCUCUGGAAGACUGAAACAGGUUUCCCUAAAGAAUUUCCCUAUAUUUUGCGCCAUCCAUCAUUCCUUCGAUUCUGACCAGUUUCCCAGUCCCUGCCGAUGAAAAACAUCCCCACAGCAUGAUGCUGCCACCACCAUGCUUCACUGUGGGGAUGGUGUUCUCGGGGUGAUGAAAGGUGUUGGAUUUGUGCCAGACAUAGCGUUUUCCUUGAUGGCCAAAAAGCUCAAUUUUAGUCUCAUCUGACCAGAGUACCUUCUUCCAUAUGUUUGGGGAGUCUCCCAAAUGCCUUUUGGUGAACACCAAACGUGUUUGCUUAUUUAUUUUUUAAGCAAUGUUUAUUUUUUCGGGCAACUCUUCUGUAAAGCCCAGCUCUGUGGAGUGUACGGCUUAAAGUGGUCCUAUGGACAGAUACUCCAUUCUCUGCUGUGGAGCUUUGCAGCUCCUUCAGGGUUAUCUUUGGUCUCUUCGUUGCCUCUGAUUAAUGCCCUCCUUGCCAGGUCCAUGAGUUUUGGUGGGCGGCCCUCUCUUGGCAGGUUUGUUGUGGUGCCAUAUUCUUUCAAUUUGUUUUAUUUAAUGGUGCUCUGUGGGAUGUUCAAAGUUUCAGAUAUUUUUUUCUUCAUGGUGCCGCUUGCUUGAUGGUGCCCCUUGCUUAGUGGUGUUGCAUACUCUGGGGCCUUUCAGAACAGGUGUAUAUAUUUACUGAGAUCAUGUGACAGAUCAUGUGACACUUAGAUUGCACACAGGUGGACUUUAUUUAACUAAUUAUGUCACUUCUGAAGGUAAUUGGUUACACCAGAUCUUAUUUAGGGGCUUCAUAGCAAAGGGAGUGAAUACAUAUGCACGCACCACUUUUCCAUUAUUUAUUUUUUAGAAUUCUUUGGAAUAAGUGAUUUUUUUCAUUUCACUUCACCAAUUUGGACUAUUUUGUGUAUGUCCGUUACAUGAAAUCCAAAUAAAAAUCCAUUUAAAUUACAGGUUGUAAUGCAACAAAAUAGGAAAAACGCCAAGGGGGAUAAAUACUUUAGCAAGGCACUGUAACUCAAAGUGGAUGUAGGCUAUACAUAUUUACCAUAACCCUGUUGGACUUGAAUCAAUCAAUGAAACAACAAACACAAGUUUUAAGUUUUGUAAGUGAUUGUGUUUGUAAUUUUUCAACUGAUUUAAUAGUGACUUUAAUAGCAUAUUGUGCAAAUGUACGCUAUCAUAUUUUGUGACCAUUUUUGACAAUUUCAUUUGAUCCUGAAGCCUCAGAGCAACCCAGAAACUUCAACGCAACGUGGCUAAAAGGUCUUCUCAUUGGAUCCGGGGUCUUGAAUGCAGUUCUCAUUUUAUUGGCGUCAGGUGUGUUUUACACUCUUAAAAUAGGGUUUGUUAGUAACUAGUAACAACUGGGUGGUACUGUGUGGUUCAGUUGGUAGAGCAUGGCACUUGCAUCCCCAGGGUUGUGGGUUUGAUUCCCGGUGCCACCCAUACGUAAAAUGUAUUCACUCAUGACUGUAAGUCGCUUUGGUUAAAAGUGUCUGCUAAAUGGCAUAUUAUUAUAUUUUUUAUCUUACUAAAACUUUUCUUUAGACUGGGUACCAGGCUAACCUUUCCUGCCUUUACAUGCUAUGUCAGGACUAUCUUUUCCUGUACUUUUGUCUGCAUGCAGACCCAAAACCCACUGCAAUAUGUAAGAUGUUACUCAGUGAUGUGUGAUCACAAUAGUCUAUACUAAUUCCAUCUAUAUGGGUAAUCUUAACCAUUUUAGUGCUGUGGAAGAGAGCUGCUUGCCAGAAGAAUCCUGACUCUCCUCCAACCACUGAACCUCCUGAAAGGGCAGACGGGCCAGAGGUCAGUAUCUGUAGUGGGAAGAUGGAUGUACAGUACCAGUCAAAAGUUUGGACACACCUACUCGUUCAAGGGUUUUUCUUUAUUUUUUUUACUGUUUUCUACAUUGUAGAAUAAUAGUGAAGACAUCAAAACUAUGAAAUAACACAUAUGGAAUCAUUUGAGAUUCUUCAAAGUAGCCACCCUUUGCCUUGAUGACAUUUUAUCUAUAAUUUAUCAUCUUAUCUUCACAUGACAAGGAUUAAAAAGGAUUUGCCAGUAGAUUGUCGACUUGAUUCAUGAUGAUGACUCAUAGCUAAGAUUUUGAAAGUAUGAUGUUGACAUGAUCAGUCCAAUCAAAGCUACUGUUUUUUCAUAGUUUUGAUGUCUUCACUAUUAUUCUACAAUGUAUAAAAUAGUACAAAUAAAGGAAAACCCUUGAAUGAGUAGGUGUGUCCAAACUUUUGACUGGUACUGUACAUACAGUAUAUGAAUAUUAUACCAUGUCUAUCUUUAUGAGGGAUGUUUUCACUCAUAUCCACAUUGUUUUUCAGUAUUGCGUGAUACAGUUGGUACCCCCACUGGGAGGACCAAGGCCAGACCGCAUAGCCUCAACUAUUUACUCCAGAGUCCAGUUUCCAAAUCCUGA